CUCCUCUCCUCUCCUCUCCGUUUCAGUCCACGCAGUCAGUGGAAGGAGAGCACACGGUCACAAGUCAUACGGAGCUCACUCCCACUCGCAACGUGGAAUUUUGGGGGAAAGCGGCGAGCCACCGGCGUGGGGCGGGGGACUUAAACCGGAGCAUGCGUCCGGGCACCGGGGCUUCGAUCCACAAGUGAGCCGCUCACGUGUGCAGCACACGGACACAAGAUUCAAUCUGGUGGAGCGCCACAAAAGUGUUUUGGGAUUAAUUAACGCCGCUACUUUUAUUGAAGGGCUGUUUGUUUUAUUUUUUUGAUUCAUCAUCUGCUAUUUAAAAACCAAAAAAAAACAAAAACAAAAACAACAACAAGAAAAAAACGAGCAACCAGCCCCCUCCGGGGAGCGCAGUUUUGGCUCCUCCGUCAUGGGCCGCGACGCUGAUAGAGACGCCCGGAGACAGGCGAGGAGGUGCCCGCCGGAGAUGCUCACCCUGCCGGCGCUGCUGCCGCUUCUGCUCCUGGCCAUGAUCCGCGCCAGCCUGGCUCAAGUGGACGACGACUUCAUAGGUCUCAGCGAGCUGCCGGAAACCUUCCCCUCCGACCCGCCCGAGCCGCUGCCCGUGUUCCUGAUGGAGCCCGAAGAGGCCUACAUCGUCAAGAACAAGCCCGUCAACCUGUACUGCAAGGCCACGCCCGCCACGCAGAUCUACUUCAAGUGCAACAGCGAGUGGGUGCACCAGAAGGAGCACACGGUGGAGGAGCGCGUGGACGAGAACUCUGGCCUGGUGGUGAGGGAAGCCAGCAUCGAGAUCACUCGGCAGCAGGUGGAGGAGCUCUUCGGACCCGAGGACUUCUGGUGCCAGUGUGUGGCCUGGAGCUCGGCGGGGACCACAAAGAGCCGCAAAGCCCACGUCCGCAUCGCCUACUUGAGGAAGACUUUUGACCAAGAACCGCUCGGGAAGGAAGUGUCACUGGAGCAGGAAGUGUUGCUCCAGUGCCGCCCACCCGAAGGCAUCCCAAUGGCUGAGGUGGAGUGGCUGAAGAACGAGGAGGUGAUCGACCCUGCCGACGACAGGAACUUCUAUAUCACCAUCGACCACAAUCUGAUCAUCAAGCAGGCGCGGCUGUCUGACACGGCCAACUACACGUGCGUGGCCAAGAACAUUGUGGCCAAGCGACGCAGCACCACUGCUACGGUCAUUGUCUAUGUAAAUGGCGGCUGGUCGACAUGGACGGAGUGGUCGGUAUGCAACAGCCGCUGUGGGCGGGGCUACCAGAAACGCACGCGCAGCUGCACCAACCCGGCGCCGCUCAACGGUGGCGCCAUCUGCGAGGGGCAAGGCAUCCAGAAGCUGCCGUGCAAUCCUCUCUGCCCAGUGGAUGGCCUGUGGACAGAGUGGAGUAAGUGGUCCACCUGUGGGACAGAGUGCACCCACUGGAGGAGGAGGGAAUGCGGCGCGCCGGCACCCAAAAACGGUGGCAAGGACUGUGAGGGCAUGGUGCUGCAGUCCAAGAACUGCACGGAUGGCCUUUGCAUGCAGAGUUCCUUAUAUCAGAAGUCAGCUGAGGCUAAAGGCAAGCUUGAUUUUGGAAAUACAUUGGCCCCCAGCACGGACGACGUGGCCCUCUACGUGGGCAUCGUCAUCGCCGUUAUCAUGUGCUUGGUCAUCUCUGUGGUGGUGGCGCUCUUCAUCUACCGGAAGAACCACCGCGACUUCGACUCGGACGUCAUGGACUCGUCCGCCCUCAACGGAGGCUUCCAGCCGGUCAGCAUCAAGACGGCGCGGAAAGCCGAUCUCCUCACCGCGCCCCCUGACCUGACCUCGGCGGCCGCCAUGUACCGAGGCCCCGUCUACGCCCUGCACGACGUGGCCGACAAAAUCCCCAUGACCAACUCCCCGCUGCUGGACCCUCUUCCCAACCUCAAGAUCAAGGUGUACAACUCCUCUGGCCUGGUGACACCGCAGGACGACCUGGGAGGCGAGUUGUCCUCCAAGCUCUCGCCCAAGCUGCCACACUGCCUGCUGGACAACGGCGACGGCACAAUUGGCCGCCGCACGCAGACGCUGCUGCGCUCCAGGGACCCCUCCUGCACCGCGGUGGGAUCCUUCAGCUCGCAGGGCGGACACCUCAUUGUCCCCAACUCAGGUGUGAGUCUGCUUAUCCCGGCAGGAGCCAUCCCACAAGGUCGUGUGUAUGAAAUGUACGUGACCGUCCAGAGGAAGGAAAUCUUGAGUUCUGCCCCCUCCUCUCGCCACCGGCCCUCUAGGCCCUCAGUGGAAGACGGGCAAGCGGCGUUGAGCCCCGUGGUGAGCUGCGGCCCACCGGGCGCCCUCUUGACGAGGCCCCUGGUCCUCACCAUGCACCACUGCGCCGUGUCCGACGGCCAGCAGGACUGGCUGAUCCAGCUCAAGAGCCAGUCGCCGCAGAACAUGUGGGAGGACGUGGUGGUGGUGGGCGAGGAGAACUUCACCACGCCGUGCUACAUCCAGAUGGACGACGAGGCGUGCCACAUCCUGACGGAGACUCUGGGCACGUACUGCCUGGUGGGCCAGUCGCUCAGCGCCGCCACCACCAAACGCCUCAAGUUGGCCAUCUUCGGGCCGCUCACCUGCCCCGCCGCCGAGUACCACAUCCGGGUCUACUGCCUGGACGACACGCAGGACGCGCUCAAGGAAGUCCUCCAAAUGGAGAAGCAGAUGGGAGGCAAGUUGUUGGACGAACCAAAGACGCUCAACUUCAGCGACAGCACCCACAACCUGAGACUUUCCAUUCACGACGUUCCUCACACGCUGUGGAAAAGCAAGCUGCUGGCCAAGUAUCAGGAGCUCUGUUUCCAGCAAGUGUGGGACGGCUCCCAGAGGAACCUCCACUGCUGCUUCACUCUCGAGCGCUUCUCCACCGCCACCGUGGAGCUCACCUGCAAGAUUUGCGUGCGCCAAGUGGAGGGCGAAGGUCAGAUCUUUCAGCUGGACACCACGCUGUCAGAGGAUUCCCAGAGCAUCGACACGUCCCUGCUGGACCCGGCCAGUAACAUCACCACGCUGGUGGGACCCAACGCCUUCCGCAUCCCCGUCUCCAUUCGCCAGAAGCUGUGCGGCAGCCUUGACGCGCCGCAGACCCGCGGCAACGACUGGAGGAUGCUGGCCCACAAGCUCAACCUCGACAGAUAUCUGAACUACUUCGCCACCAAGUCCAGCCCGACGGGGGUCAUCCUGGACCUUUGGGAGGCGCAGCACUUCCCCGACGGCAACCUGAGUCGCCUGGCCCAAGUCCUGGAGGAGAUGGGACGCCACGACAGCCUCCUCCCCGCGGCCAACGAGCACUGACGACAUUCCGGCAGUUCCCGAUCCUUGCGAGGUUGGAAGAGAGGCAGGCGAAAACAACAACACUACUGCUCCUACGCUCGCACCUCUGUGGUAUUUAUGGCACCGGUCGCCAUGGAAACAGGCCUCGGCUUUUUUCACGAGAAACAAUCCCAAGACCGGUGUUGAAGAGGAAUGAUCUUUGCGUCGGGUCUCCACGGCAACCCAUCAGAUGGACUCGUGUUCUGUGAUAGCAUAGUAUUGAAUAUGAAUAAUAAUAAUAAUCCCAAUUAUGCUUUACAAGUCUUAUGUUUUUGAAAUAAGUGGCAGUGUCCUCUCACACUACUUUUGUUGCUUUUCUAUGAUUAUUGCUUAUUGUUUGCCGACCAUUUGGCGAAAAAGGGGGUUGAUGAUGCAGAUUUGUCUCAUGAUUCUUUGUGCGUUGUGAUAAACGAGACCCUAAGGGAGAGCUGGAUGUAAUUGUAUGUCCCAAAAAAAAAAAAAAUCUAUUUUUCUAGGACCAAAUGUAAACACAGUACAGUUGCUUUUUGCCAAAUAAUUGACACGAGAUGUGUGCGGUUCAGUCGAAAAGGUGGGGAGACAAUUAAAAUGAAUGAUUGUGACAUCACUAUAAGUAAUAUUUGUAAAUGCAUUUUGUUUGUUUAUUUGUUUUUGGGUAAAGAUGUCUAUGCAAACUUUGCAUCUUUUUUUUCAUGUACUGUACGUCCUUAUCAGGAAGGCCUUUUUUUUUUUUUAAAGUUGUUCCUUUGUCGUGCAGCUUCAUGAUGUUAACUUGUGUGUUGUGUACAAGCGAGGAUCCUCACUAAGCGCUCCAAUCUCAUCCGGCAACGUAAUUGUAUAAAGUGUAAGAAAUGUGAUUUUUAAGACUAAUAAUAAAUUAUAUUUAUAUGCAA